AUGACAGCGAGUAUUAAUUUAGAAGAAGGUCAACAACAAAACGAAAUUAAAGAAGUGCAUACACAGAAAACAGAAAAUCCUGCAAAAAACGGUGAGCAACAUAAAGUGUUAAUGCAUCACCCCAAACGAGACACGAUGAUAACUAUCGUAUCUGAAGAAGUUCAGUCCAAAGCUUCUAACCAUUCUGCAAUACCUAUGAAAUCAAAUUAUUUAUCGAAGAAACGGACAGUUGCGUCAAUCGUACAAAUUGACAUUGAUGAAUUAUUGAAACCAAAAAGCUGUACAGUAGAUGUGCAGCUUACCCAUAAACAAUAUUUAUCAUCAGCAGAAAUUGAUCUUCUUGCUGAUAUGACAAAAUUUCUUCUUUCAUCUACAACUGAUAAAGCCGAUGUAUUUGACAGUUGUUUCGCUACAAUGAUCGAUGAGCCACUUGAUGUUAAAGUUUUGAUCAAAUGUGUUACAGGAGAUGACAAAUUGAAAGUUUAUAUCCUUGAUAGUUUAAAACGCUACCAUGCUUUAUCUGAUGUUAUCCAUUUGCUGCCAGCUUGUGCCGAUAUUGAUCCAUAUAUUUUGCCAACCGAAAAAGUCGAUACUGUUGAACAAUUUUUAAAUAUUGCUGAUAAAAUAACUACACGAAUUCUUUUAAUUUCAACAAUUGAAUCUCUAUCAUAUGAAAGCCAACGUUAUCUGGGUCAUUUUAUAAAAAAAAAUGAUUUACCAAUACCAUUUUCGUAUUAUACAUAUAAUAAAAUUGUUCAAUCUGUUCAAUAUAAAAUUAAUUUCAAUACAUUAGCCGAAGUACUUUGUUUAACAGAUGAUCGAUUUUUAUUACAAAUUGGUAGUCCUUCAACGGUUGGUUUAGGAAAAACAACUUUAUUACAAAAUAUUUUUCAUGAUAAGCGUAAAGAAAGUUUGAAUGCAGAUGGAACUACGAAACUUCGUUCUUGUUGUAUUGAUUUAUUGUUUGCUUCGAUGACUUACAAUCAUGCAAGUGAAAAAUAUAUUGUAUUUGACGUUCAUGGUACAAUGGUACAUAGCAUUAAUGAAGAAAUAGUAACAGCUAUUCAACAAUAUGUUUCAUUACAAAUAUUUUAUGUUACAAUGCAGGAUUUAAAUGAUGGUUCAUUUUUGCCUUCUCUCAUGAAUUGUUCAGAUGAAACACGCGUUAAACCUACUAUUGUUGUCAUUUUUGAUGCCGAUUAUGACAGUAAACAAAAUACAUCAGAAAAAAUUAUUAGUCAAUUUACACAACAGUAUAAAAGUCAUAAGCAGUUAUUCAUUUAA